AACGACUCGGCUCGUCUGUGAGCGCAGCUGGAGUUGCAGUAAACAUGAACUAUGGCGUGACUGUCAGCUUUGUACUUACGGCUCCAGCAUGAACGACAUCAUGGAGGAACAGGAGAAGGAACAGGGCGGUUUGGUAGCCGGGUCUCCGUCCACAAGAGCGAGCAGGAGCAGCAAAACAAAGCCGGCCGCGGACGGAGGAAACCGUUCAGUGGAGAAGAGAGGACCGUAUAUAAUGGCCAAAUCUAUAAACAUGAAACUACAGAGACCCAGAGAGAUGGCCAGGAGAGUGUUCAAGAAGAAAGGAGCAGUCAUGCAGCAGCCCAGGCAUGGAGCUCAGAAUGUGAAGUUUAAUAAAGGAUAUGCAGCCCUCAGUCAGAAUGCAGAAGAUCCUCUAGUGUCUCUGGACUCGGACAGUGAUGUCGAGCUGGAGUAUUCAUCUGGAUAUUCCUCAGCUGAGAUUCACCCGGAUCUGAGCCGACAGCUGCUAAAAGACGGAUACCGACUGGACGAGAUCCCAGACGACGAGGAUUUGGACCUCAUUCCUCCCAAAGCCAUGGGUUCCUCCAUCUGCUGCUGCUCCUCCGACGGAACCGGGUCGUGCUGCCUGCAGUGAACUCUACUGCAGAACUUUUUUUUCCUCUCGGCAGGACGCGGCUUUCACUCGGCGACAGGAAUCGGAAUCCUGUCUCGGAGAAGGAAACUGUCACUGAGGAAAGCUGCAUAAUGGAACCGGCCGACUUUCUCCCACACCACGGUGGAAUGUUUCCAAGUUCCUGCAGCAGUGUCACUAAUCUCAUCUGCAUCCUGUUUUCCCCCAACCGACGUUCCGGAGACGCUUUUGGUUCCGGACGAUUUUUUUUUUGUUGUUGUUACAUUAACACAGCUUUACCGAAAGGUCACAGUACGAGGGUCGGAAUAAUAUCGAAUCGCAUGCACGAUCUCUGCACGAUCUUCCGAAUUUCAAUUCUCGUCCGUGUUAUUGUUACUGAGAACAGACGUAUUUUUUUAAAUAUAUAUAAAUGUAAAAA